AUGGCUAGACCAAAAUACAUCUUACUAGUAAGGCACGGCGAGUCAGAGGGUAACUGCGACAAGUCCGUCAACAGAUUUACCCCCAACCACAACGUUGCAUUGACCCAGCAGGGCCAGGCGCAAGCCACAGAUGCUGGACUCGUUUUGAAGCAGUUCUUCGAGCAACCAUGCUUCAAGGACUCCAAGAAGUCCAAAACCGUCCUCUUCUACACCUCACCCUACUUGCGAGCCAGACAAACUUGUCACAACAUCGUCAACGGCAUCAAAGACGUGCCUGACAUUGACUACAGCAUUUACGAAGAGCCUCGGAUGCGAGAGCAGGACUUUGGCAACUUCCAAAGCACUCCCGAGGCUAUGGAGAAAAUAUGGGAAGAAAGAGCCCACUAUGGCCACUUCUUCUACAGGAUUCCUCACGGGGAAAGCGCCGCCGACGUGUACGACCGUGUGGCUAGUUUCAACGAGUCGUUGUUCAGACAGUUUCAGCAGGACGAUUUCCCCAAUGUGCUCGUGUUGGUCACCCAUGGCAUCUGGGCACGGGUGUUUCUCAUGAAGUGGUUCCGAUGGACCUACGAGGAGUUCGAGUCCUUGAAGAACAUACCCCACUGCCAGUACCUCAUCAUGAAACAGGACCCACAGUCGGGCAAGUUUGCUUUGAAAACGCCGUUGUUGACGUGGGACGACUUGCCUGAGAGUGAAAUCGACGAGGAGAUUACCAAGGAGGUGGGAGAAGAGGUCAGCUUCAACUCCAAAAACAAGUUGUCCCAACCGGACGACCUAGAUAUUCACAGCAUCAUCGAGGCCCAGCGACUGGCCAUUAAGUAUAACAGAGACAAGAACAAGAAAAUCAAGGAAGCAUUUGAACAGGCCAAGGGCCAGUCCAACGGGAGGGCCAAUUUCCAGACCGACAAUCAAAGUGAGUUUAAUAGUAAGGAGCUGCUUGUGGAUAGUGGCCGUUAG